GUGAAGUUCCUACAGCCAUGGGGGAAAAAACCCUUCCAUUGCUGUAGCCUGUGUCUGCACUAGGAGGUGCAGUAUAACUUUAAUGGUGUCCCUGUGGUGCCCAUAAUAUAGACAUGGCCUAAAAUGGAUGCAUGGUUUAUCUUAUUUUCUUCUUUCCAUGACUCUGCACAGGUUAAGAAAGAUGAAGCUGAACAUUCUCUUCUAUCAGUCAGUUGCAGAUUAAACUAUCAACACUACCCCAAGAAUACUAGCAUCUUGGCCAAAAGCAUACUGGCAGGUUAUAAGCCUCCACAGGAAAGCCAACUCCACUUUUCUAACUUGAGUGAGCGAAUGAGGAAACGAAGAACAUUUGCAGAUAAAGAGCUGGAAUGCAUAAUGCUGGAAAGGGAACUUAGACAGAGAGAACUAAAGGAAUUAGCUGUAGCUCAAAGCUUACAAAGAUCAAAUGAAGAUUGUUUACCAGGCACAGAAACAAAUCCAUUUAGCACUGGACACAGCCAGCUUUGUGACUCAACAUAUUUUAAUCACAAUUUGAUAAAUCUUUGGUUUCCUUUGAUACAUGCAAGCACUAUGCUUUAUCAGACUAGAGAUUUUUUCCUACCAAAUGUAACUUUUACAUCAGGUGAAAUCAAAAGCAGCCUUUUACAGAAAUAUAAAUAUACCUUUACUAAGGAUGCAGAGAAAUAUGUUCAAGUGUGUAAGGAGCUGGCUCAGGCCAAUAUUUUAGCCAAAGAACUUGGCUCCUUUCAGAGAGAUUUGAGAUCAAAGGCAACAAAAACACAAGCAAGUUUUGAAAAAGUUAAAGAAUAUUUUGAAUACGACCACAACCAGAAGUUUGGCUCAGAAGGUUUUCUCUUACAAAAUGAUCCUUCCUUACUACAAAAGCACCAUGUGAGUCAACACGUGAAAAAUAAGUGUUCUGUGGCAAAGGAAAACCUCAGACACUUAUCUAGAAUAUCCCAAGAAUGCUGUUCAGAAAUGAAAGUUAAAAAUAAGAGAUUGUCAUUUUCAGUGGAAUCCUUGUUAAAAGUCUAAAGGCAUUUAGGGCCUAGUUCUACUCCUUUAGAAUUCAGUGAUUACAUCUUAACGGACUCCAUGUAUCAACUGUGUGUCUGAUUCUGUAACUCUCUCUCAUGUGAGUAGGCCCAUUGACUUGAUUAUCCAACUCCCAAUGAAAUCAAUGCAAAACAGCCAGUCUUUAGUGCGAGUGAGUUCAUGACCCCAAAUGGGACUUCUUAUGAGAAUAAGGAAUAUUUAUGUGGGUAACAAAAUCAUUCUCCAUGUUGAAGAUACUGUGUUUUUUCUGUACUUUCAAAGUGCUGACUGCAAGUACUCUGUAAUAUUUCAAGAGACUUAUUCUAAUGUAUGUUUGACUAUAAAAGUUGUAGUUUAAAUUUCUUUAUUUUAAAGUAUUAACAAAAUAGAACUACUGUAGAUUUAUAAUAAACUGAAUACAUGUGUGGGUAGUAGGUGAUUUUUGACUUUUUUUAAUUACUUAAUGCAUGUAUUAAUUUGCAAGACAAUGUAUAAAUGGAUGUGUUUGCAUACUAAAUAAAGUGAUAAGAGGGUCACUCUAUGGAAAUGGAAAA